UAGUGAGCGCGGGCCGCGGUAUAGUUUAAGGCCUCGGCCUCUCUUAGUUGGCGACGGUGUCUCUCGCGAGGAGGAUCCGCCGCCGUACCGUAUAACGGGUGCAAUAAUACACCGAAACCGAGUUCGACGGAUCGGCCGACGUCCUCACGUCCUUACGAAAACGCGACGAUGGCAAGCUCCUCAGAGAGAGACACCGUCGAAACGACAAAUACGAACAAAUCAACGACGAACGGAAUUAACCCUUCCGUACUCGUGGAGGGUGCAAGAAAGCGACGACGAUUAGAACCCUCGACGACGAACAUAGAGAUCCCUAAGAAGACGCAGCGACGCGACGGAACAUGCAACUUCGAUGUCAAUACGCGCCGCAAGGGAAAAGCCGAGCGCGCGGAGGACAGAAAGGUCUUGUCACUAUGCAAGAGGAAGCAGGACCAGAUCUCGCCGACAGACUCGCAGGACGCGAGAACAGCGCAGGUCGCCCAGGUCGCGGUAACUGGCGCAGGCAUGGUCAGGGAUAACACGGCCAGAUUGCGGAAAACGAUACAAUGGCUCGAGGAGGGAAUUGGAAAACUGCGCGAGAACUUAGCGAAUGUGCGAACGGAGCUGCACGAGGAGCGAAGGGCGGCGAAAAUUGCCAAGAGGGACUUCGAUUUUGCCCUCAGGGAGGCCAGAUUCGCUGAGGCCGCCAAGUAUCAGCCGAUUAUAGACGAACUGAAGACCAGACUCGCUCAUUCCGCAUCGCCGUCAUCGCCACCGUCAUCGUCGCCGUCGCCGUCGCCGUCGCCGUCGCCGUCACUGCCAUUCAAACUGGAUCCUGUGAAAAACGAGAAUCACAGACGCGAACUAUCGACUCUCAGAAAGCGCUUAGCUGAAGCUGAGAACACGAUACGGAGACUCGAGUGUCAAUCGGUGAAAUCACGAGCGAAUAAAACUCGCAAUGCCGAUGGUACUUCCCUGGGCGGCGAAGCGCGUCGCCUGCAAGCAGAAGUGCGAAGUCUUCGUGCCGAAAACGAAAAACUCGAAGAAAAAUUGCGUGUCGCUGUAGAUGUGGAGAAGGCUCGUAUCUCUGAGAUACGAGUUCAACGGCAGACUUACGAAGCGGAGUUUUCCGCACUGCGAGAAUCGCAUCGCAGCGAAACUACAAAAAUGAUGGACGAACUGCGAGGCAAGGGCCGAGAGAUCGAGGAGCUGUCGAAGCUCUUGAACGAUCGGAAGCUGCCGCCGGUGGAACACGACACGAUGUGGAAGUUACGGGAGAACGAGAGGAACCAACCGAUACGCUCGUCGUCACGUAUAAAGAGGAAGAUCCUCGCAGACGAUGUUCAUACGGUGGGGUCAUGUGUCCGCGAAGUAGAAUCCGGUAGAGCCAUGAACGAAAUCGAGGUCGAGCGGCUCCGUGAACUCGCGCUUGAGCAGCAGGAAAUCAUCGAGAUACUUAGACAGGCGGUUAAGGAGAGAGAAAGAAAGUUGGAGCAACUGUCGAACAAGAGGAAAAAGGAGGAGUAUUACAAACAGUGGCUCGAGCUGGAGCCGGUGGUCGAGGUAGACGACGAGGAGGACCACGAGGAGAAUGACAGCGCUUUAUCGAGCGCCCCGUCUUCGAUGUCGCCCCAGCCGGGUGGCUGCGGCCAGUGGCAGGGUAAUGGUGUCACUAGAGAAGCGUACGAGGCCGUCCUCGUGGAGAUUGAAGAUUUACAAUCGAAGCUCCUCAAAGAGCAAUGGGAGCUGUCGCGCGCCAAGAUACAAGUUUGCGACCUAGAGAAGGCACUCCUGCAGGAGAAAUGCGCCGAUCGUGACAAGGAGCUGAGCGAACUGCGGGACAAGCUCCGGACCGUGGAGGAGCGGGAGGCGGCGCUUCUGGUGGAGCUUUCGGAAAUACGGGAGCAAAAUGAACUUCUGGAGUUCCGGCUGCUGGAACUGGAGGAGUCGCCCGCGCGCAGGGACAGCCCGGACCACGCGAUAGACAGCGGUGUCGUCUCUCCGGAACCUGCUCACGCGAACAAAGAUCACUUGAACAAGCAGAGAAGCCGCGCGGUGGCGACGGUGAUACCGUACACGAACAACGCUACGGUGAUGAGCCCGGCAAAGUCAGCGUCGCCCGUGCUGCCGCGCAAACCGCCGCUCACCCUGCAGGAGAGCGGCAUCUUCGAGGAGUACGAGGAUGAGGAGGAGGCCGAGGUCGAGUUCGCCAGCCGCGGCACUCAGACCCAGGCGCCGUCCGGCGAGCUCCUGCAGGAGGUGCAGCGUCUCCAGGAACUGAGAGCUUGGAUCCAAGAGCGGGCGGCUAAGAACACCACGCCGGUCUUCCACCCGAUCGACUCGUCCAAGAUUUGCCUGGACAUGUCGACGAUGGACUCGAUCGUCCAGAUGACCGCUUACCAGGAGCGCGUCCGCGAUCUCGAGGAGAGGCUACAGGCGCACGAGGAGGCCGAGAAGAGCCGCGAGCAGGAGAAGCGGCUGUCGAAGCAGCGGGAGGAGGAGUUCCUGGAUGAGAACUAUAGACUCACCGAGAGAAUAUACUGGCUGGAGAACGAGCUGCGGAACGUCAGGUCCAGCCUUGACGAGAUCAGCGUUGGCGGAGGCAGAGGCGAGGUAAUCGUCAUGAAACAAAGCAAACUCAUGGAGGACAGUAAGGACGAGGCUUUAGAAGACACCAGGAACUCGGAGAAGGCUGCGAGCUGCACGCAUGCUGCUCAAACCGUGGAGAUGUGCGCGGAUAACGCGAUCGCGGAGUGUUCUCGGUGCCAACACCGGGUUGCUGAUGCGGAAGACGCUAAUGGGCGCGUCAGUUCGUCGAUGGAAUGUAACGUCACGUUGGUAUCCUUGGAGGAAAAGAAGAAGGAAGACGAGGUGGGACCUGGCGAGUCCGUGGAACCGGUCGUUACCGACUUUGCCGAAAGCGACUCGGAAAAGAAGGUUAGACAAAGGCGGAUUAAGAGUAAUGAACGCAAGAUACGCUCCGCGAGAACAGCGAGAACGGCGAGCGUCAGGUUCACCCGUGACGUCUCUUUCGGACGAGGAAGUUACCCGUUGGUCCUGUAUCAGGAAAUUUGCGUCUAGCUUCUCGACGGUCGCCAGGUCGAAUCGUUUUCCAACCUGGACUCUAGUAAGAAGGGGAAGAAACGAAAACGGACAUUUAGGGGGAUUCGGUUGCAACACCGCCUUAACAAACAUCGUCGCCGUAAUACCGUUUUACCGUCACGCAGAGGCAAAUUUUCGGUGCUCACGUAAAAAAAGCGAAAGCUGCUGUAUGUCUGUCUGUCUGUCUGUCAGUCUGUCAGUCUGUCAGUCUGUCAGUCUGUCAGUCUGUCAGUCUGUCAGUCUGUCUGUCUGUCUGUCUGUCUGUCUGUCUGUCUCUCUGUCUGUCUGUCUGUCUGUCUGUCUGUCUGUCUGUCCAAGUUGAUAUGUAGUAAUUUCGAGGAGAAGCUGGGAAUCACUUCGUGAGAUAGAGGAUUGCGCGGAAUAAAGAGUGUGUUCUCCGGAGAGCGACGGCUUCCAGAAAAUAACGGCGAACAGAAGAAGACCGAGGUCGCGGAGAAGAAGGCGCGGAUGGUGAUGAGGAGGUGAGGAGGAGAAGGAGAAGGAAAGCUAACCGACCACGUAUCUACCUAGUGUCUUUGAGCGUGAUCUACUUUCGCUGGAGGUGAAGGCGAGAAAGUUCAUCGUCUCUCGUCGUCGCAGACUUCGUCCAUCCACCCACAAGUUCCAUGGAAGGGUCGAUGAACCCGCGGCACGUACGAGGACAAUACGGCUGGCGCUGCUUGGCGUGCCCAAGUGACGAUCAGAAAUGGUACGUCCUACGAAUAAAACGAGGGCGCCUGCGGAUCGAGGAGUGCCACCCCGAACUAGUGAACCCCGGUUGAUGUGUUUCACCUCUCUAACAAGGAAACGUAACACGCGAGUGUCCCUCGCCGAUUCUAAUUUUCAUCAUCGUCGUAACGGUAGCACGUGACCUUCCGAAAUCUUCGCGAUCCUGGAGAUCUCCAAGCGCGCGAGAAACCACAGGACUCGAAAGACACAAGUCUUACUCUCACAACGUCGCUCCACUACGUCGGUGCGUAUCGUUAGAAUCGGCGAAGGACAGCCGCGCGAAGCGCUCCUUGCAAGUCGCGACCAAUUUUUGCGUACAAGCUGUGAAAUCGAGUGCCAAAUAAGCCGUAGAUUAAACAUCCUUCCCGCACACGCGAGUGUAAAACUAAAGCGUUAUUAUGCAAGCAUUGUCCUUUCUCACUCAUCAUUCGGCGAAUUAUUUGUGAUAAAGCGGCCGUAGGAGCGAGCGAGUUCGAAGCGCUAAGCGGACACGUCCUUGCGUCGCGCGCGAUGUGUCGGAUCUCUCCGCGCGCGUCUACGUGUGUCUGUGGGAUCUUUCUGCCGUGUUAAAAUUUAAAUACGCAUCCGGAUGCAAUUUGAAUUUCAAAUGGCAAGCGGAACAGGUCGCUUGAGCGCGGACGAAUUUGGAAGGAUACGCCGUCGUACGUUUCAAAUCGUCGCGACGUUCGACGACGUGCAUCGUGCGACCGACAACGACGUGUCCGUGUAGUCUCACUCGUAAAUCGGAAUCGGAGAUGUCACGCUGUAUCUUUCACGAACGAGCAAAAUUCCGCUGUACUUCCGCUGUCACUUCAUGACACCGCGCGGAGAAGAAGAAUUCGAAGGAAUUAACGUGUGCGACAAGGCGAGUCGCGAACGCUAGCCGUGAAACGGUUUGCUCGUUGCAGUAGACUUUCCUUCAGGUACUUUUCAGAUCCCUCGCACACACGUCGAUUGGACGUAAGAUUGACGACAGAAUAGUAUACACCGAAUCGAGGAAAUCGAAUCGCGAACCGACGAACCAAAUUGUAGAAUAAUCCUGCGAAUCCCUCGAGGGGAGAGAACAGCUCCCUUCGAGAAACGAAACGGAACGGGCUGAACUGAAAGGUGGCUCUGGCGUGUCUUUACCUUUCUCGAAACAUGCGUGUGCGUGUGCGCUUUCGCAUUUAACGUUUCAUUAUGUAUACGAUUUAAAUUUUAGUAUAUAUGUAAUAUAAGAAAUGCGUCUCUAGUCUUAUCGUUUAUUCGACACCGUGAAGAACACAAUGUGAGAGUGCGUUCGCGUGUACUUUGAUCUUGUAUGACGGUAGAGUUAGUGUUCUUAUACACAGUUCGCUUAGAGAUGGAGUGUAUAUUUCAAAUAUAUAUUCUCAAGUGCUUGUUGUA